AUGAUUCGGUACGACCGAAUGCGCAAAACAUUCAGCGAGUUCCAGAUCCAAUACCCGGCUCGGAAGUACAGGCACGAGAAACCCGACAUCAAAGUGUUGCUGGAGAAGAAAGAGACUACCUACGUGGAUAUCAGCAAAGCAAUGAUUUGGAGGUCGGUAAGAAAGUUUUGUCAAGACGAAUAUCCUGGCAUGGUAUUCAGAAACGACGCGGCCCGGAAGGCGUUCGUUAUCAGGCAGGGGCUGAAGCUCCAGGCAGACGAUGCAGGUAUCGAAGGAGUUGUGACGGCUAAAGAUUCGGACGACAUGAAGGAGCUGAAAGUCGGCAAACGGAUCGCAGCAUCCAAAAUCAGAGCCCAGCACUUGGAGGAUGCUGCAGACAUGUCGAGGGAGCAAAUCAACCAGAUGCAUGCCAAAAACGCUGCGCAGCUUGCUGUGGAAGUGAAUGACGAGGACGAAGUUGCCGCGACCAAGGCAGGCCAGAGCAUGGACGAUGAUCCCACGCAGAAAGGCGAGCGCCAAGCCGAGGAUGAUGAUGAGAGCAGCUCCUCCCAGUUUGGCCUUGCUGCCCCCAAAGCUCGAGUGCGGACGAAGACCAAGCAAAGCAAGCCGAGCUCUGAGAGCGGUCUGAAGGGCUCUUCGAAGAAGCUGCCAACCGGAUCGCCGCUCAAGCCCAUGGCCGACACCUGCUGUGCCAGUGGCUAUGGUGCUGUGAAGGAUGCCGAGAUCAAGGCACGGUUCAAGAAAGCGGCCGAUCUUUCCUCUGCCUUGGAAAAGGAGGCAGUGUCGCUGGAAGAGGGUUCCGAGACGGCCCAGGCAGUCCGGACAGCCCUCAACGAGGCCACGGAAGCCGUGAACAAUGCCCAGAUUGUGUAUGACGUUCUGGGUAAGCUGCGGGGCAUCAAGCAGGUGCAGGAUGCAGAGUUUGCGGCUGAGCUCACGAAAGCUUUGCAAGCCCCGGCCAUGGAUGCAGACACCCUGGCAGCUAUCCGCAGCUACUUGGGCUCAAAGGUUGCAGCAGAGGGGGGGCCCCGCUGGCUUCUUCGGAUGGUCAGUGUCGGCGACCCGACACAGGUGCAGAAGCCGGAAGAGGGUGAGGGCUCCGAGGAGUUCAAGACAAUCUAG